AUGGCUCUCGGCCCGACACUUGGCACCGGAUUGUUCAUCGGUGCCGGCCAGGCUCUCGCUGUCGGCGGGCCUGCCUCGCUGCUACUAUCGUAUAUACUCCUGUCUUUCCUGACUUUCGCCAUGACCACGAGCGUGGCAGAAGUAUCCAUUCACACGCUUUCGCAGCAUGGAACAUUAGUCAACAACGGCUACCUAUACAUACCAAGCAGUGUGGCAUUCGCUUCGGCAUACCUUCGGUGGUAUUCUCUCGCCUUGUUCGUCCCAUAUGAAAUCACAACGGCAAUGGUCAAUCUUGGCCUCUGGAAACCGGGCCCGGCUAUCACAAUCAGACUGUCGAUCAUCACCAUCAUCGUUGUGGGAUCCAACUUCCUGCCCGAGAGAACUUUCAAAAGCUCCGAGCGUUUGUUCACUUGGAUCAAAAUCGGUGCAAUGGCCACUCUUUUUCCCUCUCUCUGGCAUUGGGUCUUGGAGGUGCUGAUGGACAUACUUCCUGGGGGGGCCAUGAAUGAGUACCUAGUUCGCGGCUUAUGGGGACGGUUCUUGGGGUUCUUCCAAUGUCUCCUUGAUGGCUCCAUUGCUUUCUCUUUCGCCCCCGAGCUCAUCACACACCGUGCUGAGAUGCCUGCCUCACUUGGCGAGACUGCAAUUCUGAGCGCCGCGAUCCCAGGCAAAGUCAUGUCCGAUGUUCUUCAAACUGCUUUCCCUUACAUCAUGAGCUCUCUAGCCAUGGGCGUUAUGGCACCAUUCAAUGACACCCGCUUGACUAACAAUGGAACGGGCUCUGGAUUUUCACCUUAUCUGAUCGGACUAAAAGAUGCAAAAAUUCAGAUUGUACCCACCCUCGCGACGAUCGCGAUUCUGCUCUCCUCGGUGGCUUCGGGACGAUCUUUCUUGUACCUCUCUUCUCGCACAUUGUGUGCAAUGUCGGAGCUUGGACAUGCACCCUCGGGGUUUUCAGUCCGCAAUCGUUGGAACGUUCCCUACAUGGCUGUUGCCAUAUCUGCCUUGUUCUCCACCCUCUCUUUCGCGUCCGCCAGGAUCCCGAGUUCAACUGUCAACAGCUAUCUCCUUCGUCUUGUCACGAGCGCCAGCUUCAUUUCCUCGUUGGUGUCAUGUACGAUUUAUCGCCACUUUCAUCGACGGCUUAGGGCAAACCGAAUGACCAGUCGACACAGCUAUUCUGUCCAGCCAUUCGGUACCCACUUUGGGAUGUUUGUCAGCACCAUCUUACUGUUUGGAGGUGGCUUGUGGGGAGGACCCAAAGGCAACGUGAAUGGGUCCCGCGGUGCCAGACUGGUCAUCUCAUACAUUAAUAUCGUUGUUUUCGGCCUCCUGUCUCUAGCGCAUCGAUUCCAAGACGUGAUGCCUGUUGUCAAGGUUGAAAGACCGAUCGACAUGGGUGGACGGGCAUGGGUCGGUCAGCAAGGGCCACGAGAGCCUCGGGUACAGAAGACGCAAUCAAAACCGGGGAAACUUGAUCCGAUCCCAGAAAAUGCUGGAGCCUUCGAGCUGCGACUCAGCCCGACAAUGUUCCCAGAGCUUUGA